AUGAAUUAUCAGAGUAGUGUUGUUGGAGGUCUACAUAGCCAGAAGCAAUCAACCGAUGCAAGUCCUAUGAACAUUAGGGAAUUCAAUUUUUCCCGUAAUUCGGUCAUCUCACCCAUUGCCUCAGAUUCUGAUUCUGAAGAGAGCUGUGACGAUAUCUGGCAUGUAGAUACAAGCAAUGCGGAGAAUGAAUAUCAUUACUUUUCAGAAACAGAGAGUGAGGAUGAAAGUCAAGUAGUUGACGAACACCAAGAGGACUACAAUAAUGACGCAUCUACAUCUCUUGGAAGGAUUGAUUAUGCCCCAAAAUUAAAACGUAGAAGAACCCAGUCGAAGAAGACUUUGUCGAACGUAACGAAAGAAGGUUACAAAGAUGACGGUGAUAUUGACAACGAAUGUCCAGUUUGCGGAGCAUUGUUUUGGUAUAAUGAGCGAAUCAGUAAGAAUAGAAAAGCUAAAAGAGCUGUUUUCACGAUGUGUUGUAUGAGGGGGAAAAUCAAACUUCCACUACUGCAGGAACCCCCGGAGUUUCUACAAGGACUUCUAACCAACGACGAUGCUAUCAGUAAGCAUUUCAGAGAAAAUAUUAGAUCACUGAAUAUGAUGUUUUCCUUUACUUCACUUGGAGGAAAGAUUGACAAUUCCGUCAACAGUGGAAAAGGUCCUAAAGUUUUUAAACUACAUGGUGAGAAUUAUCAUUUGAUUGGGAGUAUGAAACCUAAGCCCAAAGAGAAAGCAAAGUUCUCGCAGUUAUACAUACAUGAUACUGAGAACGAGGUUCAGAACAGAAUUUCAGCAUUGAGUGGUAAUUCUGAGCGAAGUAAAAUCAGAGAAGAUUUGGUGGAGUCUAUUAUGAAUAUGUUAAGACAGUGUAAUGUCCAUGUGAAGACGUUCCGCAAUGCAAUGGACAGAUUUAAUGAUGAAGAAGAUAGUCAGGAGCUGUGUCUGAAACUUAUCCAUAACCGUGUAAAGGAUGGACGAGUAUACAAUCUCCCUACAUCGUCUGAAGUUGCUGGGUUAGUUGUUGGAGAUUUCCGAAUUAACAUGGAUAAAAGAGAUAUUAUUCUGGAGAAAAAUUCGGGAAAGCUGAAAAGGAUUCAUGAGUUGCACCCUUGCUAUUUACCACUUCAAUAUCCUCUAAUAUUCCCUUACGGAGAAGAUGGAUUUCGAUUGGGGAUCCAGCAUGGUUAUACAGGAAACAAGAAAAAUAAGAAACCGAAUAUUAGUAUGCGAGAAUUCUUUGCAUAUCGGAUUCAAAUCCGGAAAGUUGGUUCUCAAGCACUUCUUCUUUCAAGGCGUUUACUUCAGCAGUUUUUGGUCGAUGCUUAUACAAUGAUCGAAACUCAUAGGCUUCGGUACAUAAGGAAAAACCAGGCGAAUCUAAGGUCUUUGAGUUUCAGUAAGUUUGUGGCUGCUUCGAAUCAGGGUUUAUCCUCUCUUCCUAUUGAAGGAAACCGUAUCAUAAUUCCCUCAUCUUUCACCGGUGGGCCUCGGUACAUGCAUCAGAUGUAUUUGGAUGCAAUGACUAUAUGCAAAUAUUAUGGGUUCCCUGAUUUAUUUAUCACUUUCACAUGUAACCCUAAAUGGCCAGAGUUGACGAGAUAUUUUGCAAAAUAUAACUUGAGAUCGGAGGAUAGGCCAGAGCUUUGUUGCAGAUUAUUCAAGAUAAAGCUUGAUAGCUUGAUGGAUGAUCUAACUAAGAAGCACUUGCUUGGAAAAACAGUUUCGGCCAUGUACACGAUUGAGUUUCAAAAAAGAGGGCUUCCACAUGCUCAUAUUUUGUUAUUCAUGGAUGCCAGAGACAAAUUUCCAUGUGCUGAGGAUAUUGAUCGCAUAAUAUCAGCUGAGAUUCCUAAGAGAACUGAAGAACCUAUAUUGUAUGAAAUCGUGAGAGACACUAUGAUUCAUGGUCCAUGUGGUGUUGUUAACAAGGAUUCUCCCUGCAUGAUAGAUGGUAAGUGUUCAAAAUUCUUUCCUAGGAAGAUUGUAGAGAAAACAACAGUUGACUCACAAGGCUAUCCUGUAUACCGGAGAAGAGAUAAUGGUGCUUUCAUUGAGAAAAGGGGUAUUCAGUUGGAUAACAGGUUUGUCGUUCCUUAUAACAAAGAGCUUCUUCUUGGAUACAAUGCACAUAUCAAUGUCGAGUGGUGUAACCAGUCUCGAUCUAUUAAGUAUCUAUUUAAGUACAUCAACAAAGGACAUGAUUGUGUUACUGCAACAGUAACUCAGAAAUCUAAAAGUGAUGCCAUGGCGUCAGAGGAUAAUUCAGAUACUACUAAUUCUGGAAAUAAUGCAAACCCCGCUGAGGGUGAUGAGGAAGAAACCGUUGAUGAAAUUAAAAAGUAUUUCGAGGCCAGGUACAUUUCUGCUUGCGAAGCCACAUGGAGAAUUUUAGCCUUUCCAACACAUUAUCGAUCUACACCUGUUGAGAAACUAACGUUUCACCUAGAAGGAGAUCAACCGGUGAUUUAUAGAGAGGGUGAUACAGUUGAUACUGUAAUGGCUCGUGCUAAAACAACCAAAACGAUGUUUUUAGCUUGGUUUGAUUGUUGCGAGAAUUAUCCAGAAGCUAGACUACUUACUUAUGCAGAACUUCCAACUAAAUUCAUAUAUGAUGCGAAGGCUACUGUGUGGAAAAAACGGAAGAAGGGUUUUGCUAUUGGAAGGUUGACACCUGUUUCACCAAGUGCUGGAGAACUUUUUUAUCUGAGGGUAUUGAUUAAUAAGGUUAAAGGGCCAAGGUCAUAUGAUGACAUCAAGACAGUAGAUGGAAUUCUUUACCCAAGUUUUGAGGACGUCUGUUAUGAGCUUGGUUUGUUGGAUGAUGACAAAGAGUAUAUUGAAGCUCUAAAAGAAUGUAGUUUUUGGGCGACAGGAAGUUAUGUUCGACGUCUAUUUGCUCAGAUGUUAUUAUCUGAAAGCUUAUCGACGCCGAGAUUGGUUUGGGAUUCCACCAAAGACAUAUUAUCCGAAGAUGUUCUUUACCUUGAACGAAAAAAGCGACGAAAUCCAAAUCUCAUCUUGACAGAAGAAAAGAUUGAGAAUAUCACGUUGUUGAUGAUAGAUAAGUUGCUGCGAAAAAAUAAUACAUCUUUGGAACGAUGGAAGACCAUGCCUCAGCCAGUUGACAAUGAUCAAUAUUCUCAUGGUAAUCAGCUUCUCGAAGAUGAACUUAAUUACCCUCAGGAAGAGUUGCGCACUAGACACCAGGAACUGUUUAGACAGUUGACCGAUGAGCAGAGGACAGUAUACGAAGAGAUAAUGGCCUCUGUCAAUACAUCAUCAGGAGGGGUCUAUUUUGUAUAUGGAUAUGGUGGAACAGGGAAAACAUUUAUCUGGAAUCUGCUUUCAGCUUCUAUACGUUCAAGAGGUGAUAUCGUUCUAAAUGUUGCUUCUAGCGGAAUUGCAGCUUUACUACUACCUGGAGGAAGAACAGCGCAUUCCAGAUUUAGCAUUCCAAUUAACCCAGAUGAAUUCUCUACAUGCAAGAUUCAACCAGGUAGUGAUCAGGCAGAAUUAAUUUCAAAAGCGUCUCUUAUUAUUUGGGACGAAGCCCCUAUGAUGAGUAGACAUUGCUUUGAAGCUUUAGAUCGCAGUCUCUGUGACAUUAUGAAGACAACCGAUGAAACUCCUUUUGGUGGUAAAGUGGUAGUCUUUGGAGGUGAUUUCAGACAAAUAUUACCAGUUAUUCCUAAGGGAAAUCGAACUGAUAUAGUUAUGGCUGCUCUAAACUCAUCGUUUUUGUGGAAAUAUUGCAAAGUUUUGGAGUUAACCAAAAAUAUGAGGCUUUUUUCAGAACAAAAUCAUAGUGCAGCUGCGGAGAUAGCUGAAUUUUCAAAAUGGAUAUUGGACGUAGGAGAUGGAAAGAUAAAUGAGCCGAACACUGGUGAAACUAUGAUAGACAUUCCUAAGGAUCUUUUGAUUACACAAUGUAAUGAUCCUAUUGAGGCUAUAGUGUCCGAAGUAUAUGGGACUACAUUCAAAGACUCUAAAGACCCGUUAUUUUUUCAAGAGCGAGCUAUCCUGUGUCCAACUAAUGAAGAUGUCGAUGUCAUUAACAACUACAUGCUGGAUCACCUAACUGGGGAAGAGAGAAUAUAUUUGAGUUCAGAUAGUAUUGAUCCUGCUGAUACUAAAUCGAAAGAUGACUCUGUAUUCACACCUGACUUUCUUAAUAGUAUCAAAGCAUCUGGGUUACCUAAUCAUUCUUUACGGCUGAGGAUUGGUACACCAGUGAUGCUAUUGCGGAAUCUUAAUACUAACGAAGGUCUGUGUAACGGGACAAGGUUGCAAAUUACCCAACUGGGUAAUCAUCUCCUCGAAGCUAAGGUUAUUACAGGCACUAGAGCAGGUGAGAAGGUUUUCUUACAUCGUAUUCUGAUAACACCUACCGAUUCUAAGCUUCCUUUUAAGAUGAGGCGUAGACAAUUUCCUUUGAAAGUAGCUUUUGCCAUGACAAUAAACAAAAGCCAGGGACAAACACUAGCGAAAGUGGGUCUGUUUUUGCCUAGACCAGUGUUCUCGCAUGGCCAGUUGUAUGUAGCUGUCUCUCGAGUGAAGUCCAGGAAAGGGUUAAAGAUCUUAAUUACAGACAAAGAUGGGGCGUGCCCACAGAGUUCAACCAUGAAUGUUGUUUACAAGGAAGUUUUUCAGAAUUUGUUUGAAGAGAAAGACACACAAAGUUUAUUCUUCAAUGCUGUCAACAAAUAA